CAAAAUUUAGGUAACAGAUAAUCCGUUCAGUUUACUAACAUCGGUCAGUCAGUAGAAAUAAAAUGAAAUUUACUCUAUUUGCUCUAAUUGCCGGCUUUUGCCUGGUGGCAGUUUCGGCCAAUGCCACGGGGGAUAUUUUCCUUAAAAAUGAACUUAUGGAGGACAUGGAACUCACCGCCCAAGACCUGGCCGAUGAACUUGCCGAAAUUGAACCCUAUGGAUUCUUUACCGGCAUGUAUACGGUCAUCAAGAGGGCUUUACGCUAUGUCAAGGGUUUGAACUGCACCAUCAAGGAGGUGUUGGCCAUUGAAAAUGCUGCUCACAAUUUCGUUAACAGUGUUGCUGCAUGUGGUGGUCAGAUUUCCCAGAAGGCACAAAAUUUGGUCAAUGCCUGUUUGGAUAUCAUUGAGACAUGCAAAGCUAUUUUGGGCAUCAACGAAAGUGUCUGCGGCAAUAGCAAUGAUGCUGAGGAAACCGAUUCUGAUGUUGCUGCUGCUGAGGAUGUUGAAAGCUAUGGUGUCGUCUCCAAACUUAAGACUUCUCACAAAUGUUUUGUCCAAAUGGUGCGCAAGGUUAACAAGUUAAAGAAACAAGUCAAGAAAGUCAUCAGCAUGAUCAAGGACAUCAAGAAGGUGCCCGGUGAUACCAGUGAUUGUGUCAUGGCUGCCGUCAACACUUUGGAAACAACCUUCACUCAAUUCCCAGCCAAUGUGAAAGCUUGUUCAAAAUUGACCAGUUAAUUUCGAAAUUUUGAUGUUUUUAUAAAAUA